UUCGGUUCAGUAUCUAGUUCCAAGGCACGGACAUCAGAGGCGGUAACAACUUCUACGGUUCUCGGUUGAUUUUGGUAAAGGCCUUACAUUUUCCGCAAAUAAUGUAUUCCACCAAAGAUUUAACGUCCGAUACCAACUUCGCGGGACUACUCCUUCAUAGUAGAGCUGCGCAUGUUAAGGAUGACGACCAAUCGGUGACCGUUGCCAAAGGCUUCUGCAUUCUCAUCCUGCUUGUUGCUUCAGCAAUUUGCGGGUACCUUCCAUUUGUAUUGGAUAGGUGUUUCGCACUAAAGAAUAGCGACCCGAGCAGCAGGACAGGAAUCGUGCUCCGGGUUCUACUCUACUUCGGCGGGGGCUGCUUGAUUGGGAUCACCUUCCAACAUAUCGUCGUAGAAGUUUCAGAAAGUGUAGCGGAACUGCAGGCCAGCGGCAGAUUGGCUCCAACCGCCUUCGAUUUAACUUUGUUCCUUAUGUGCGUUGGGUUCAUGACUAUGUUUCUGAUAGAGGAACUUAUUCACAUGUACGUGCAUCAUCAUGAACACAAAAUGGCCAAAGCCGAAGAUAGUGUAGCAAAAGUACAAAACGGUGAUUCCGUGCCAAGUAUUUCGUGUCAUGGGUACCAAAGGAAAGCGGUAGUUGACGUCCACCUUCCACCAAAAGGAGGUGAGAAUGAAAGCAUGUUGAUAUCCUCACUUCGCGGGCUUCUGGUGGUCCUGGCACUGUCAUUACAUGCCCUCUUCGAAGGACUGGCCGUCGGGCUGCAGCCAACAGCCGACCAAGUGUGGACCGUGACAGGAGCAGUAUCUGGACAUAAGCUGGUCUUGGCCUUUGUGAUUGGAAUAGAGUUGAUCGCGGCCAAGGUUCGACCCUGGCUGGCAUAUGUGUAUGUGUUUAUAUUUAUAAUUGUUGCACCAAUUGGAAUCGCAAUUGGUAUUGGUGUAACGUCAAGCGAAAGUGCUGUAGUGCCAUCAGUGAUAAUUCAAGGACUCGCUUCCGGAACUUUGCUUUAUGCGGCGUUUUUCGAAAUCUUGUUCAAGGAGCGAUCAGGGUUGUGGACAUAUGCUGGAUUCGUGUUAGGCUUCUUCACGAUAUACGCAAUCAUUGUUGGAACUCAUACGGCCAAAAAACCUGUCUACUGCGAGAGUACGGUUGUAUUCCCGACCACCCCAAGUGAUUCACCUUAAAAGCUCCUGAAUGGGAAACGGAAGACUAAAACAGUAAACUAUGUACAUAUAUUCCACCUCUCAUAAUGUUACUAUAUAUCGAACAUGGAUAUUAGCAUUGAAAUUACUGAGGAUAAAUGCAGGAUUUUAUAAUUUGUUGAAACUGUGAUCAUUGAAGAAAGUUAAUAAUGAUUGAUUGGUUUUGAUUUUUUCAACAAUUUCUAGGUUCUGAUACUUUUAUCAUAGAAUAUUGAAUACAUAUAAGUAUAUACUUCGAUAUACUUCCAUAUAGCUAAUGAUAUAAUAAAUAUUCGAAAUAAAAAAUUAAGAAAAAGUGAGUAAAGGAAAGUGAGAGAAGAAAAGAAUAAUAUGUUAAUAGGUUUAGGACUACUAUUAUAUAUAUAAAAAUUAUAAAAUAUAAUAAUUAAAAGAAA